AUGGAGACCAGCUACCGAGCAGCGGCAGCUCAGUGCAGCGUGGAAGAUGACCCACGGCUGCCCCCGGUCCCUGUCGACGCGCAGGACCCGACAGCCACUCGCCACGUACGAGGUGGUCGACCAGAAGAAGCGCAAGCGCAGCCACCAGACCUCCAAGGGCAGCUAGGCGACGGCCAAGAAGCUCAAGGGGGCCGGCCAGGGACAAAACCCUCUCCCCCACGUGCCCAAGGGGGCUGCAGAACAGGGACAGAACCCUCGCCCCCAGGUACCCAAGGGGGCUGUCAGUCAGGGACAGAACCCUCGCCCCCAGGUGCCCAAGAGGACCGUCAGUCAGGGGACAGAAACCCUCGCCCCCAGGUGCCCAAGGGGGCCGUCAGUCAGAGACAGAACCCCCGCCCCCAGGUGCCCAAGGGGGCCACCGAUCAAGGACAGAACCUCUCCCCCAGGUACCCAAGGGGGGGCCCUCAGUCAGGGACAGAAACCCUCGCCCCCAGGUGCCCAAGGGGGCCGCCAGUCAGGGACAGAAACCCUCGCCCCCAGGUGACCAAAGGGGCCGUCAGUCAGGGACAGAAACCUCUCCCCCAGGUACCCAAGGGGGCCGACACGACGCAGGAGGACCACAGCAGACCUCCUUUUCCCAGUGAGCGGAGAGACCCUAGCAGCUACUUCUGCGAUGCCCGCAGACGCGAAGAAGAAGCAGAAGAAAAAGAAAAGGAAGAAAAUCGGCGUGAAAGUCGAGUUCCUGCCGGAGCAGUCGAUCUCGAUCACGACACGAACACCACGCUCAGUAUCUUCUUGUCGAGGACGGUGAGCAAUGAGUUCAGAAUCCCCAGCACGUACGAGGUGGUCGACCAGAAGAAGCGCAAGCGCAGCCACCAGACCUCCAAGGGCAGCUAG